AUGGUGGUACAUUCUUCUUGUUCCUUCGCCGAUGUGAAUCCAUCUGAGGAUGUUGGAGGGAGUGAUAAAAAUGUUAAGGAUGUUGAGAAGCCGAAGGGCGAUGAGUCUCGAUUGAAGGGGGACGAUUUCUUUGAUGGGUUGAGCCAGCUUGAAAUAGAUGAUGAUCAAGUUGUGUCCCCGCACCCAAUCCAGAUGUUGUUGGUGAAAAGUCAGAUGCCCUUCAUGCCGAUGAAGAACCGAGGACAACGUCUCGAUACACCUCUGUUGGAUAAGAGGAAGCGUGCUCCGGCCUUGAAAUCUCCAUUUGUUGAUUUCGGGUCUGCUGAUGUCGGGAGCACUCCAAUGGAGCUUAUGUCCUCGGGUUCUCAAUCAUCUGGGGAUGAUAGGGAUUUCAAAAUGGUGACUUAUGUGAAGGGCCUUUAUGCUCUUAAUGAUGCUUUUGCUGAUCCCGUAUCUACCGAGAUUGAGGCAAAAUUUGACGCUUGGAUUGGUGAAGGAUUGCUUAAACAUCCUAGGCAUUAUAAUUGUUAUGAAGACGGCGCAAAGAAAUUUACCCCGGGUUUUAGGCUAGGUGUUGAUUAUGUUGAGGAUAAAACUUGGUUUUAUCAUUUGGCCACAUGCGACAUGUUUAUGAACGACUCGGUAAAGUUUCCAAUUUAUAUUGUAGUUAUGGUAGUUUGUUUUCAGUUGCUUUAUAAAUGUUUUUUAGUUUUGAUACUGCAUUUCAGUUUUUUUACAGUUGUUCAACCUUUUCAUUUGUGUUUCUGUGUUGUUUUUUUUCUCAGCAUAUGAACACCAUAUUCUAUUACCUUCGGAAAAAAGGUAAGUAUUCUUCCGCUGUGACGUUGAAUUUCGCAACUACUGAUUGUCUUUUUGAUGAUUCCAUCUAAGCAUUGUACCACAAAUUUAACAAGGCCAAGUCAAUGAAGACUAAGAUGUCACACAUUCACGCUGCCCACCCAAUAGCGCAUUACAUCCGAGGUAUGCGCAUUCCCUAUUCCAAGCCUUGGUAUGAAGCCGAUCAUGUGCUAUUCAUCAUCAAUUUAAGAAGGGAAAGUCAUUGGGUUUUUGGGCGUCUUGACUUGAACGAAGGGACGUUGUUUCUGUACAAUUCUUUGAGGACCGCGAAGAUGAAUGCCGCAGCUAGGAAUGCGAUGAAGGCUUAUUCCGUGUUGCUGCCUUUGUUUUUCGAUUUACUUGGGUUCUGGAAGAAUAGAGC